UUUUUCUCCUCUUCUCCCGUCAAAAUCUUCUUUCUUAAUUGCGGCGAUAAUAUUUUCAAUUUUUACAUUCUUUUUGAAAUGCCAAUUACAGUGCAAAUUUCCAAUUCCUUGAGAUACCUGGAUUUCAAAACAUCCAAUUCAAAUUUCCUCUCUCAAUCCUUCUUAAUUAUCUGUUUCAACAAUAAAAUUUUAAAUCAAAUCUUUUACUCAGAUAUUUCUUCUUAUUUGCCUCAGAAUUCCUGCACACGUAAUUUCGUUGAAAAAGCUCAAGAAAUGGAGAAAUGCAAUGGCGUUUGCUUCACCAAUUUAUCUUCAAAUCAUCCAAUCACUUGUUUCAUGGCAUUUACUACAAUUAUGUUAUUUCGAGUUCUUUACGUGAUUUACCGAACCGGCAUGCCGCUAGGUAAAAGAGCUACGCCGCAGUCUUUCAGCACUCUCAUUGUUUUAGGUUCAGGAGGACACACGGCGGAGAUGAUCAAUCUCUUGUUAGUUUUGCAAAAGGACAGGUUUACGCCGAGGUUUUAUAUCGCCGCUGCCACUGAUAAUAUGAGUCUUCAGAAAGCUCUCGUGUUGGAUAAUUCCUUCGCUGCAUCGAGUGGGUUCAAGGGAAUCUCUGCAGAGUUCAUGCAGAUUUAUAGAAGCAGGGAAGUUGGUCAAUCAUAUGUAACCUCUGUUUGGACAACUUUAGUUGCCAUUGCUCAUGCAUUUUGGCUGAUGAUUAAAAUCAGACCGCAAGUGGUUCUUUGCAAUGGCCCUGGUACUUGUAUUCCUCUAUGUGUAAUUGCAUUCUUUUUCAAGGUAGCUGGAAUUAGAUGGUCAUCCAUCUUUUAUGUUGAGAGCAUUGCAAGAGUAAAAAGGCUCUCUUUAAGUGGUUUGUUGCUUUACAAGUUACGGAUUGCUGAUCAGUUCUUUGUGCAAUGGCCACAACUGCAGAGAAAAUACCCUCGAGCUCAUUAUGUUGGUUGCCUGAUGUAGUUAAUUAAGUCUGCUUCUAAUGGCUUGGCUGGAACACUGAGGGUUCCUUAUUUUAUAAGGGGAAUAAUCAAUAUAUGUCACAAACUAGCAAGGAAUUAUAGCAUAUAAGGGAAGCUUGAGCAGCUUCAGUCAAGUUCAUUUCCGAGCACUCCCUCUUCCGUUUGAGAUAUAGUGCCUAUAGACUAUAGUCAGGACAUAUUCUCCGGUUUCAAGGAUUUUGAAUAAGCCUGAUUAACGGCCUCGACUUGAUUUGUGAACUAUGAACUUCAAUGAACCCCAUGAUAUGUUGAUCUUUAGUGAGUUUAGCUUGAGUUCACGAACAUUGUUGUUUGUUUGAUGAACGUAAACAUGUUUCUUUUCCUUAUUUCACACAUCAAUAGUUUGAUUCUUAGAUUCAUUUGUCUAAUCUUCCCUGUCACUUUGGAAUCUCUCAUUGUUUUAUGGUGUCUUUUUUUCCUUUUGUAUUGACUUGCUCAUGCUUUUAGUUUUAUGUACACCCCGUUACUAAAUGGGGCUAGUUAGAGAAAAUUAGAUAUUUAUUUUCUUCUCCUAUACCAACUAGCAUGGUCUAGCUUGGUGCUUUAGUUAAGCCUAAAUAUCACUGUACUUCAACCCUAGCCAUUUUGGAUGAAAUUAUAAUGGAAGUGAAGAAAUACAUGCGAAGUACCAAAUUGUGUGUGGUUUGCUAGUGCUAUUUUGGAGUUUCGAAUCUAUGACUUUGCAUGGGGAAGGAUUAAGAAAGAUUCCUUUUGAGGUUGUAUUUCUUGUU